GACUAUGGAAGAACGAAAAUACCAUCGACGACAGCAACUUUCUAUCCAAACAUCAAAGCAGCUAUACUCUCCUCUAUAGACUCCACCCUUCGCAAUAUAUCCAUCUUCCCAAGAUGAAGCUCACCAGCACCGCAUUAAUGGCACUCUUCGCCACUCUAUCCACCAGCCAACAAACCGGCGAAACCGUCUACCUAACCAACUGCGGCUCCACCUCGGAAUUCAGCUACUACCGUCCAGGCCACAACUCGGAGAACCGCACCCCGCCAGACGACCGCUGCCGCUUUCAAACCGGCAACAACCUCCCCGUCAACUGGGAGAACAACGCCAGAAGCUGCACGUUUGGCACUGGCGUUCGCUUCGAGUCACGGAUCGGGAGUGGAGUGCCAAUCAACGCUUACGCGGGCCCUGCCACGCAGUUCAUCCCCGGACAGGCUGGUAGGCCUUGGGAUUGCUUUAGGGAUAAUCUGAGGGUUUUGUAUCAGGAUGGCGCGACUAGUUGUAAUGCUGUUUAUUGGUGCAAUCCCCAGUGA